AUGGCAGAAUUUGUGCGCGCGCAGAUCUUCGGAACUACCUUCGAGAUCACCAGCCGUUCGGCAAAGGAUCAGCUCACGAACCAGGCUGUCGCUGUCAAGAAGAUCAUGAAGCCUUUCAGCACACCUGUCCUGUCCAAACGCACCUACCGCGAGUUGAAGCUUCUGAAGCAUUUGAGGCAUGAGAAUGUGUGUGAUGGAAAACUUUUUCCUGCUCGAUCAAUCUAUCUGACUGGUUUCCACAGNGUCAUCAGUCUUAGCGACAUCUUCAUCUCUCCCCUCGAGGACAUGUACGUACCUCUCCUAUACAAACUCUCCAUCCAAUCGACUGACAUCACUCAGNNCUACUUCGUCACCGAGCUCCUCGGAACCGAUCUUCACCGUCUGCUCACCUCGAGACCGCUUGAGAAGCAGUUCAUUCAAUACUUCCUAUACCAGAUUCUGCGAGGAUUGAAAUACGUCCACUCCGCCGGUGUUGUCCACCGUGAUCUGAAGCCCAGCAACAUCCUGGUCAACGAGAACUGCGAUUUGAAGAUUUGCGACUUUGGUCUGGCCCGCAUUCAAGACCCUCAAAUGACUGGUUACGUUUCGACAAGAUACUACAGAGCUCCAGAAAUUAUGCUCACCUGGCAAAAGUACGACGUUGAAGUCGACAUCUGGAGUGUUGGAUGUAUCUUUGCCGAGAUGCUCGAGGGCAAGCCUUUGUUCCCCGGAAAGGACCACGUCAACCAAUUCUCCAUCAUCACCGAGCUGCUCGGAACCCCACCGGAUGAUGUUAUCCAGACCAUCUGCAGCGAGAACUCUCUGCCCAAGCGUGAGCGCCAACCCUUGACCAAGAAGUUCAAGAACGCCGACCCUCAAGCCAUUGAGUUGCUCGAGCGUAUGCUCGUCUUCGACCCCCGCACACGUAUUAGAGCUGGCGACGCCCUGGUUGAUCCUUACCUCGCCCCUUACCACGAUCCUACCGAUGAGCCCGAGGCCGAGGAGAAGUUCGAUUGGUCAUUCAACGAUGCAGACUUGCCGGUUGAUACCUGGAAGAUCAUGAUGUACUCUGAAAUCCUGGACUACCACAAUGUGGACGCCCAGAACGGUGAAGAAGUCGGUGUACCUCAAUAG